CAUAUACCCAUAUACCCACCCACUCACACCCCAACCUUUCAACAGACCUCUCUCUCUCUCUCUUUCUCUCUCUUAAAGAACAGCACGGAAGAAGAACAAAAAUGGUGUCCAAGAUACUAAAGAAAACCCCAACAAAACCCUCAAAAGAUCGUCGGAAUCAUCGCCGUAGAAGAAAGAGUACACCCCUCAAGAACGUAACAAAUGCAACUUCAUUCUUCAUCGCGUCGAUUAACAAAUCGAUUUAUACAUGUCAACGUCGUCUCAUCAAAAUCUUUACAAAGUUCACAAACAUUGGAACCCCUAAUCGUCGAAAGCAAGGGUUUCAUAUCCUGAAGAAAUGCCCAAUCACCAAAGACGAAGAAGAGAAACAACAAUUACUCGGGAAAAAAGAUAAUAACCAUAUCUGCCGAUCAUUGAAUUUCAACAACGUCGUCGUUCUUCCUCCAUCUUUAUUACCUGAAAGAAGAACGAUCUUUCUUGAUUUAGAUGAAACAUUGAUUCAUUCAACAACUGAUCCGUCUCCAGAACGGUUCGAUUUCAUUGUUCGACCUAGAAUUGAAGGAGAAGUGAUGAAUUUCUAUGUUUUGAAACGUCCAGGUGUUGAUGAGUUUCUCGAAUCCAUUUCGAAGAAAUUCGAAAUUGUUGUUUUUACUGCCGGAUUGAAAGAGUAUGCUUCACUUGUUCUUGAUAAAAUCGACCGGAAUGGGGUAAUUUCUCAUCGACUUUGUCGAGAUUCGUGCAAGGAAAUGGAUGGAAGAUUUGUGAAAGAUUUGUCCCAAAUUGGAAGAGAUUUGAAAAAUGUAGUACUUGUUGAUGAUAACCCUAAUGCAUAUAUAUUUCAGCCUGAUAAUGCACUUCCUGUGCGUCCGUUUAUUGAUGAUCUCCAAGAUAGAGAACUCGAAAAUGUCAGGAGAUUUUUCGAAGGUUCCGAUUGUUUUGAAGAUAUGAGAGAUGCUGUUAAGAAGUAUAUCUGGGAAGGAGAACAGAAACAACAAGUUCUAGAAAUGUUUUGAUUUUGUAUUUUCAUUUCAUUUGUCGAAAUCUCUUUUGUGGUUCACAUUACAGUAAUGAACCAUAAUGUUCAUUAAUCUACUGGUGUAACAAGAUAUUUGUUAUCAUUUAGCAUUCAAAAUUUCUUAAGUCUGAUUCA